AUGGCCACUCAUACUCACCACCUCAACGAUUCGCACCCUCACAACGUCCCUAGCGAUACUCCUGUGGUACCGCUAGGAGACGACGAUAUCAUCAAACAUGAGCAUGAUCAUGUUGAGAAUGCCGCUGCGCCCAUGCCGGACAGUUUCCGAGAUAUGACUGAGGAUGAAAGGAAGGCCAUGGAGAAGAAGAUGGUCAGGAAGAUGGAUAUGGUCAUCAUGCCAAUCAUGGGUAUUUUAUAUAUCAUGAAUUACGUCGACAGAUCAGCUUUGUCAGCCUCAAAAGUAUACGGUAUCAUGGAAGAUCUCAAUAUGACCACCACCGACUUCGCUACGGCUAUUUCGAUUCUUUUCGCCGGCUACAUCCCAUUCCAAAUCCCUUCGAACUUGGUCAUGACCAAAGUCAGUCGACCAGGUCUUUAUAUUUGUAGCGCCGCGGUCAUCUGGGGAGCAGUCAGUGCAUGUACAGCCGCAGCGAAGACGUACCACCAUCUCCUUGUCAUCCGAGUCAUGCUGGGGGUCACGGAAGCGGUGUUUUUCCCUGGAAUGAUCUACUUCCUGAGCGCUUGGUACACGAAGAACGAGCUGGGCAAACGACUCUCCGCUCUGUUCAUGUUCCAAAUGGUCGGUAAUGCCUUCGGAGGCUUCGUCGCCGCUGCCUGUCUCACCCUCGAUGGACGAUAUGGGAUUUCCGGUUGGAGAUGGCUGUUCAUCGUCGAAGGAGUGGUGACUAUCGGAUGCGGGAUGAUCGGAGCGUGCUUCAUGCCUGAAUUCCCUCACAAUGCGAGACUGCUCAAACCCAUCGAAAGGGAGUAUGCCGUGUGGAGGUUGGAGAUGGAAGCUGGUGCCGGUGAGGCCAACGAAGAUACUUCCACUUUGGGCGGGUUCAAGCUCGCUUUGCUCGAUCCGAAAGUAUGGACCAUGGUUUGGUGUAUGGGUAUGGGUCAAGCUAUGGGUUCGAUCGUCAACUUCUUCCCGGUCAUCGUCAAUACUCUUGGUUACAACAAGACUGGAACUUUGCUCUUGACUGCUCCGCCGUACUUGCUCGCCGCCAUCGUGUUCUACACCAUCUCCUAUAUUAGUGAUCGCCGAAACAUGAUGUAUCCUAUCAUCAUGAGUUGUCUCGGUGUCGCAAUCAUCGCAUAUGUCUUGGCAAUCGCGACUUUGAAAAUUCCAGCCCGUUACGUGGCUAUGAUGUUGAUGCCUUCGGUUUGUUCCGGACCCCAAAUCAUGUUAUACAAAACCCUCAACGUCCACAUGGCUCGACCAUACCCCAAAAGAGCCGCUGGAGUAGCCAUGAUGAAUGCGAUCGGUGGAUUGAGCAACGUCUGGACUUCUUACUUGUACUACGAUGCUCCUCAUUAUUACGCUGCGUUCGGGUGUGUUCUUGGCUGUACAAUCUCCUUCAUGAUCACCAUCACGCUCUACAAGAUGUACGUUCAAAGGAUGAACAGGCUCUUGGGCGGUACACCGGAACAACAACGCCAAGCUAUGAAGAGUGGUGUAACUCAACAGCAAGUCGAUUUGGGAUGGCGAUAUAUUGGUUAUUAG